GUACAAAUAACGCAAGGCAUAAGCAUCUGGAGAUUCUCAGCUGCGAGAGAGUGACUAGAGAGAGAAGAGAAGCUAAGCGAUGGGUGUGGAGAAGCAAGUCAUCAGACCCGGCACUGGUGCCAAACCCGCUCCGGGCCAAACCGUGACCGUCCACUGUACCGGAUUCGGGAAAGGUGGUGAUCUAUCCCAGCAGUUUUGGAGUACAAAGGACGCUGGGCAAAAACCUUUCUCCUUCCAGAUCGGUCAAGGUGCUGUGAUCAAAGGAUGGGAUGAAGGCGUUAUGGGAAUGCAAAUUGGAGAGAUUGCUCGCUUGCGGUGCUCACCGGAUUACGCAUAUGGUCCUGCUGGAUUUCCGGCGUGGGGAAUCCAGCGAAACUCGGUUCUCGACUUUGAAAUCGAAGUACUCAGCGUGGAGUAAUGCUCUCGCUAUGACAAAUUCAUCUCAAAACUUUAUGUUAAAUUAUUAAGUGGUUGUAACCCUUUAUCGUUUCUGGAAUCUUUGUGAAACAAAACUUUGUGAUGUCAUUUGUCAGUACUUCUCUAAACUCGGUGGAUGACGUUUUAUCUAAAUAAAAGACCCCGUUGCUCUUGUUUCA